AUGCAACUCUCAUCAUGCCUGGUCUUCAUUGCCGGCAUCUCAGGCGUGCACGCCUUUUAUCCAUGGGAAUUGCGAGUGGGAGCUUCUGUGGAAGCUCCAGUUGAACGUCGCUUUAUUCCAUGGACCUUAAUUGAAGCGACAUCCGAUGAGACCACCGACACAUCCAGCACAGCUGACACGAAAACUUGGACCCUUGACCUGAAGAAAAUGCCCGUUCGCCGCGACGAUGGCUAUAAAAUCGUCGAGUCUCAUAAGCCGUCUUUGCCAAACAGUGCACCAUUGAAUCAGGACGGAACGGAUUAUUCAUAUUUCUCCCCCGUGUACGUAGGUUCUGAAAAGAAAGAAAUGUGGAUGGCAAUCGAUACUGGAGCACCUAAUACUUGGGUCUACGACUCAAGUUGCAAUAUGGACGUCUGCGAACGUCAUCACAAGUUCGACAAGUCCUCAUCAACCAGCUACACCACCGACGGUUCGACUUUCAGCCUCUAUUACGGCAGCGGCAGAGUCGACGGAAAGAUGGGAAAAGACACCAUCUCAAUUGCAGGGCUCGAAGUCACGCAAACUUUCGGUCAAGCCAACAAUAUUUCCGAGAACUUUCAGAGUUACCCAUUCGACGGGAUCCUUGGCCUAGGUCGGUCGCACACAGAAGGGUGGAAUUUGCCAUCUUUUAUGGAUCUCGUCGCGGAUAAAAAGCUCAUCAAGUCAAACCUGGUUGGAUUCAGUCUCUCUCGCUCGGUAGACGGCGGCAAGGAUGGUGAAAUUAACUUUGGUGGUGUCGAUACAACCAAAUUCGAUGGUACCAUCUCCUACACUGCUACCAAGGGCAAAACCUGGAGUAUCCCUCUAGAUGAUGCUUAUGUGAAUGGAAAAAGUUGCAACUUUUCCGGAAAAUCUGCUACCAUCGAUACCGGAACCACCUAUCUCAUGAUUCCUCCCUCAGAUGCGGAAACCCUGUUUUCUCUUGUGCCUGAUUCAUCUAAACUCCCUGAUUCGCCUCAUCAGCCCGCUGACGACCAGGACAACUAUUUGAUCCCAUGUAACUCGACUUCUACCAUAGAGUUCGAGUUCUCUGGCGUCAAAUAUAACGUCUCCCCGAAGGAUUAUGUCGGAAAACCUAACGGCACCAAUUCGGACUACUGCGUUUCGACCAUUGUCGGCUAUGCAUCCAACGGCGCAACUUGGCUUGUCGGCGAUGUCUUUUUGAAGAACGUCUACACUGUGUUCGAUUUCGACAAUGCAAAAGUCGGUUUCGGCGCUCUUGCCUCAGCCUCGGCCUCGGCAUCGAAAUCAAAUUCAUCCUCAACCUCAUCCUCCACGGGCAAUGGGACAUUCACUCCACCGCCAGUCACUGCCACCACUAAAUCUGCUCCCGAUGCCACAUCAUCAUCAUCAAUCCACUCUGCAAUGGCCACAAUCUCAGACAGCUCCGCAUCCCACCUCGUCCGCGGCAUUAGCUGGUCUAUUCUCCCGAUCAUUCUUGCCGCAUUCGCUAUUUGA